AGGAGGAGGAGGAGGAGACACAUCAACCAGCUUUAGGGUAGAAGUAAAGAUGGCCAUAAAACAGCUCACGGGGGAAAAAAGAGACACUCGACCGCUGUGAAUGACGGCAGCAGGAGAGACGGAGCGAGGGAGCCGCUUUUGUGAGCACGCCUGCAGGAUCACAGUGGCCUUGAGGGAUGAAGAGCCGGGAGGAGGAGGGGGAGGAGGGGGAGGAGGCCGGCAUUCUUCCCGAACGCGAGUGCUGAGCGCUCGGCAGCGCCUCCAGUCUCCGGCGGGACCACGAGCACUGCCAGGGUUACAGCCGCUCGGGGGUAGAAGGAGGAGGAGGAGGAGGAGGAGGGGGGCAGAGCAGCCUCCGGGUUCAGUCCUCUCCGAGGAAACGGCGCUGCGCUCCUUCCGACGCCCGGCCACUGACAGACACGGAGCGGAGGGGCGCGCGUCGGCAGCCACGAUGACAGAAGGUGCGUUUAGGAAGCAGGGAUUUAAAAAGUGCCGGAGCGCCACUUUCAGCAUCGAUGGCUUCAGCUUCACCAUCGUUGCCAACGAGGCUGGAGGGAACAACCUUCGCCCGUCCGCCCGCAUAGCACGCUCUCAGUCCCAGAAUGCACUCUGCACGGCCGCGAGCGCCGGCGCCGGCGUCGCCGACCGCAGAGGAGUGGGCGUCGACCCCCGCGCUCCGGAGGAGGUCCUGGCCGACGCGCUGCCGAACCCCGACGCGCCCGACGCCAUGGAGAAAACUGCCAUAAGAUUGCGGUGUCUUGUUAGGCAGCUGGAGAAGGGAGAAGCCUCGGUGGCGGACCUGAAGAAAAACCUGGAGUUCGCUGCUUCGGUCCUUGAAAAUCUAUACUUUGAGGAAAACAGGCGGCUGGCGCAGCCGGAGGACGAGCUGAGCGACAUCCAGUCGGACACGGUGCCGUCGGAGGUCCGUGAUUGGCUGGCCUCCACCUUCACGCGGCAGAGGGCCCUGAUGCUGCGCCGCGGCGACGACAAGCCGCGCUUCCGCAGCAUCGUCCACGCGGUGCAGGCCGGCAUCUUCGUGGAGAGGAUAUACAGACGAACCUCCAACACGGUCGGUUUCACUUAUCCCCCAAAUGUCAUCACUGUGCUCAAGAACAUGAACAUGUGGUCUUUCGAUGUGUUCGCGCUGAACGAGGCCAGCGGAGACCACGCUCUGAAGUUUGUCUUCUAUGAGCUUCUGACCCGAUACGACCUGAUCAAUCGUUUCAAGGUCCCGGUCUCUGCUCUCCUGUCCUUCUUGGAUUCUUUGGAGGUGGGCUACAGCAAAUACAAGAACCCCUACCACAACCUCAUGCAUGCUGCCGACGUCGCACAGACCAUCCACUACCUGCUCCUCAAGACUGGCAUGGUGCACUGGCUAAGUGAUUUGGAGAUCUUUGCCGUCAUCUUUGCAGCUGCCAUCCAUGACUUUGAACACACAGGGACCACCAACAACUUCCACAUCCAGACCAGGUCAGAGGCGGCCAUGCUGUACAACGACCGAGCCGUUCUGGAGAACCACCACGUCAGCGCUGCCUAUCGCCUUCUACAGGGGGACGAUGAGAUGAACAUCCUCGUGAAUCUUCCCAAAGAAGACUGGAGGGAGCUGCGGACGCUGGUGGUGGAGAUGGUGCUGGCCACUGACAUGUCCUGUCACUUCCAGCAGAUCAAAGCCAUGAAAAGCCUGUUGCAGCAGCCGGACGAGAUCGACAAGCCCAAGGCCCUGUCGCUGCUGCUGCACACGGCCGACAUCAGCCACCCCGCCAAGCGCUGGGGCCUCCAUCACCGCUGGACCGCGUCCUUGUUGGAGGAGUUCUUCCAACAGGGUGAUAAAGAAGCGGAGCUGGGUCUACCGUUCUCCCCUCUCUGUGACCGCAAGUCCACCAUGGUGGCCCAGUCCCAGAUCGGGUUUAUUGACUUCAUUGUGGAGCCAACGUUCACCGUGAUGACGGAAAUGAUUGAGAAGAUAGUGACGCCGCUGAUUGAAGAGGCUUCUCAGUCCGGACUGACGGGCGUGAGGCGCGCAAGUGUCAACAGCAUCUGUGGGAGUGAUGGGAAGCUUUCCAGCCUGAAGAGUCCAGCGUCUGAGGGCAGCUGCUGUCUGACCAUGGUGGACUUUAAGAGCUUCAAGGUCACUUGGAACCAGGAGAUUCAUCACAACAGGGACUUGUGGAAGGACCAGGCAGAUAAAGACGUGGACAAAAAGACCAGUGACGAGGCCGAAGAGGGGAAGAAGCCACGGGCGGCCGUCGACACGCGGCGGGAGGGGGUGAAAACGGACGAGGGGGCGAAGAAAGAGGUGGAGCAGCGGAGGCUACGGCAGCCGCCGAAAGCAGAGGAAGGAGACGGGGAUCCAAGAGGAGCUGCGGGGUCUCCGUGCGACUCAGACCGACAGGAAACGGGUAAAAAGAAUCCCGAGGAGCACGCGGAGCAAGCGGAGCAGCGCCAGCGGCCACACGACCAGCAUGACUUCCCUCUGAUCAGCUACUGCAAGAGGCCCAGCUACUGUGCGGGCUACUACCGGCUGGUGAGGUCAAAGGUCACGGAGAUGCGGCCUAUUGAUGCCAGGGGAAGAGUGAGGAGGCUGCAGCGCAUCUCCCUGCGUCGGCGGAAGUGACCUUAGAGUAGAAGCCAUGGGUGCGACGUCACCAUAAAUGUCUUUUGUGUAUAUUUGCAUUUUGCAGCCACAUUUUCUAGCUGAUUAUAAUUUUAAUAUUGUACAGGUCACUUUUGCUACAUAGCCGUUACUAGUGACGCCUCCCCUUUACUAUUGUCAUGGUUCCAACAUUCUCUUUGUUUAGUGAAUCUUUUUUUUUUUUUAAAUCCACUAAUGAAAUAUUGAUCGUAGUGGAUAUUUUACUGUCCUGUUGUUUUUACUGCUUGGUCUCCUGCUGCUGUCCCAGCCCUCAGUAUUUACGUUGUAGUUGUAUGAAUGUUGACUAAAUCCCUACGGCGAGUGGUGCAGACUGAAAUGGAGCUGAAGCACCGAGAAUAAAAAACUGUGAGUCACUGAAUGUCAAUUUUAUAGCUUUAAUAUCUUAGGUUCUGAUUAAAAUGUCCUGGAUUUACUGUAAGUUCCUCAAUUCUCUUUGACUCUCUAUGUAAAUCUUCGCUUCCUUGCCUCUAUUCUACCAUAGUGUGUUUAAAGAAACUAGUUUUGUUAGGAUGCUGAUAUGUAACCUGAACAUAUACUGUACAAUGUCUCAACCAGUCACAAUCCAUUUUAAUACAGUCUCUAAUGAACUCAACACAUCCUGCAGCGAGUAUCACACACACACUGGCAAAACUAAUGAAUAAACAUUUAAUGCAGCCGGAUGUAAACAACAUUACUGACGGAGAAAUGGUAGUUAAACGUCCUCCUUCUCAUCAUCCUCUAAGUGAACCAUCUGCUUCUCUGCCUUGAGCAGCCUCACACCUACAGAGAACGAAAACACAAGUGGAGCUGAAACCAGCUGGAGUUGUUAUAAAAUGCACUGAGAAAAAACACCGAGUCAUUAAAGCUAAAGCAGUGAAUGAA